AAAUCGAUCCUCACGUCAACAAUAAUAAUGGCAGCCUCCUUACUUCGGAAAUCUUGCCCUGGAGCAAAAUCUGUUUGUAGAUUUGCGUAUUCUAGACAAAGUUACAAGCAAUUUAUCAACAAAUAUUGUCCACCAUGUAUCCUUCAACAUAGUGUUCGCAAGUUUAGCGAUGUUUUAGGAGAUAAAACUGUAAGAAUUGGAUAUGCGUCCGGUUUUUGGGGAGACACUGCAUGUGCAGCUCCCCAGCUUGUACAUAAUGGAGGCAUUGAUUUCCUUGUGUUUGACUAUCUGUCUGAGAUCACCAUGUCCCUUCUUACUGCUGCCAGACACAAGAAACCUGAUUUGGGGUACGCCCCAGAUUUUGUUCUAGCUGCUGUGGGCCCUCUUCUGAAUGAGAUCAAGAAACGAGGCAUCCGUGUGGUGAGCAAUGCAGGAGGAGUCAACCCUCAUGCUUGCGCUGCAGCAUUACAAGAAGCAGCCAAGAAAGCUGGUGUUGAUAUCAAGGUUGCUGUGGUUACUGGCGAUGAUCUCAUGCACAAGAAAGAUGAGAUUAUUAAAUCAGGAACAAAAGAUAUUGACUGUGGGAUUACAGCACCGAAGACGCUAGUCAGUAUGAACGCUUACCUUGGUGCUGGACCAAUCACAAAAGCACUGGAUAUGGGUACAGAUAUUGUGGUAACAGGGAGAUGUGUAGAUAGUGCUGUGGUCCUUGGACCUCUCAUGCAUACGUUUGGUUGGAAUCAAAGUGACUACACACGUCUAGCAUCUGCCUCUUUAGCUGGUCAUAUAGCUGAGUGUGGGGCACAGGCUACAGGGGGUGUCUUUACUGAUUGGCAUCUGGUUCAAGAUUGGGACAACAUUGGCUUUCCCAUCAUAGAAUGUGGGGAGGAAGGUGCCUUUGUUGUGACAAAACCUCCAAAUACAGGUGGGCUGGUUUCUAAGGAAACUGUUGCUGAGCAACUGGUUUAUGAGCUUGGUGAUCCUGCCAGAUACAUGCUCCCUGAUGUUAUAUGUGACUUUAGAAAUGUUACACUUCAAAACGUGGAAGGUGACCCAAAUGGCGCUGUUCUUGUGACUGGGGCCAAAGGCUUACCACCAACCACACAGUUCAAGGUUAGUGGUACUUAUGCAGACGGUUUCAGAGCAACCUCAGUGUCUCCUAUCACUGGCCCAAAUGCAGCGGAGAAAGGCAGAAAAACGGCGGAAAGUAUUCUGAAAAGGACAAGGACCAUCUUCAAGCAGUUGGAGCUGAAAGACUACACCCAGACUAAUGUACAGAUUCUGGGCUCAGAGCAAAGCUACGGUCCACACGCAAGGGAUGUCAACCCAAGGGAGGCGGUCAUAUGGAUUGCUGCGCAGCACUCGCAGAAAAAGGCAAUGGAGAUCUUCGCAAGAGAGGUUGCUCCAGCUGGAACAGGAAUGGCUCCAGGUUUGACAGGCAUUGUUGGAGGUCGCCCAAGAGUGUCACCAGUCUUGAAGUUGUUUUCUUUCCUGUAUCCAAAGGACCAAGUGCAGGCUACUGUACAUAUUGAUGGCAAAGAGGAAACCAUUACUGCAUCAUCACCAGAGUCUUCCGAAGAUUCUGCCGCCUCCUCUGAGGAGACAGUAACUCAAGAUGAGACUCUACCAGUAGGAGAUCACACAUUCAGCCUCAUGGAUUUAGCAUACACAAGGAGUGGUGACAAGGGAAACAAUGCAACUAUAGGUGUUAUAGCCAGACAUCCGUCCUAUGUACCUUACAUUAGGAGGCAUCUAACUGCAGAUGCUGUACACUCUUACUUCAAGCAUGUCAUUGACCCAGAAACUGUGGACCCAGUUACCAGAUAUGAGCUCCCAGGAAUUGAUGGUUUCAGUUUUCUGUUGAGGAAUUCCCUUGGAGGUGGUGGCGUGGCAUCGUUGCUUAGUGAUCCACAGGGAAAGGGCUAUGGACAGAUGUUACUGGAUAUCCAAAUCACCAAUGUUCCAGAUUUAGUUUCCAUGACCAAGUAGUCAUCAUCAAACCAAACUUGCCCCCCCCCCC